AUGGAGCCGCCGGCGGGCGCGGGGCUCUCGGCGGCCUGGCACACGCUCAGCACCGCCCUGGUGCCGCCCGCCGCCCUGGGGCUGGCAGCACCGAGGUCUGAUGCUGUGGGGCCACUGAAGGAUGCCGACCUGCGGGCAGCCCUGGAUGUGCUGCGGUGUUAUGACUUGCACUCGAUUGUGGAGGAGUGGUUCAUCGAGGUGCUGCAGACAGACCUUCAGGCAAAUAUAGCUCCUGAGUUCUGGAACUGCAUCGGCCAGUAUGAAAACACGGCUGAGGAGCCCCAGUGCUCCUCACUCCUUCUGGAUGCAUUUUGUCUUCUCAAGCGACGCCUGGACCCCUACCUGAACAGCCUGGAACUUCUGGAGAGGUGGACCAAGGCAGGCUUGCUCCUGGGGACAGGUGCUCAGAUGCUGCAAGAAAAGGUCUACACCAUGUUCAAAGCUAUCCUUUUCUUCUCCACUACCAAAUCCUUCCAGGAAAUGAUCCAGCAGUUCUACAGCCGCACUUUCAGGAUAUACAUGCGGCAGUGGAAGAAAGGAGAAGAUGGAACGAACGAGUGCGAGAGCAGCAUGAGCGAGACCGAACAGGAGAGUGAUACGGAGGAGGGUGGAGGAGAGAGCCCGCUGUGUGCAGGCUGCAGCAGCAAGAGAGAGCAGUGCUGGUGCCCCAAAGCCAUGGAGCAGUUUCAGCAGCUCAAUGACAUUCUCCGCCGGCUGAAUUUGCUGGAGAGAGUGAGCGCCGAUGCUGUCACGACCAUCUUGCACAAGAUGAUAGAGGAGAGGAUGGAGCAAAGAUGCAGGGGGGAAUACGAGCACUCCUUCCUCAGUGAGUUCCAGGAGUGGAUUGAGAAAGUGAUUGGCUGGCUCAGCAGGGUUUUUCUGCAAGAUGGUCUGGCGCGCUCCUCUCCAGAAGCUAGCAGCACCUUGAAGCGCUGGCGGUGCCACGUCCAAAGGUUCUUCUACCGCAUCUACGCCAGCAUGCGCAUUGAAGAGCUCUUCAGCAUUAUUCGGGAUUUCCCAGAGUCGAAGCCUGCUGUGGAGGACCUCAAAUUCUGCCUGGAAAGGACUAAUCAGAGGCAGCAGCUGCUCAGCUCCCUGAAAAGUGCUCUAGAAAUGCGACUUCUGCAUCCUGGAGUCAACACAUCCGACAUCAUCACUCUGUAUAUCUCGGCCAUCAAGGCUUUGCGGGAGCUUGACCCCUCCAUGGUUAUCCUGGAGGUCGCCUGUGAGCCCAUCAGGAAGUAUCUGAGGACUCGGGAAGACACAGUGCGGCAGAUUGUGGCCGGUCUCACAGGGGAUGCUGAGGGCUCUGGUGAUCUUGCAAAUGAGCUCUCGAAAGCUGACCCGGUGACCCUGGAGAACGGCCAGGAGAGUGAUGAUGACAUCUCAGAACCAGGGGACUGGGUUCCUGACCCGGUUGAUGCAGAUCCAGGAAAAUCAAGUUCCAAGCGUCGGUCCUCGGACAUCAUCAGCCUGCUGGUGAGCAUCUAUGGCAGCAAGGACCUGUUUAUCAACGAAUACCGCACGCUUCUGGCUGACCGGCUGCUACAUCAGUUCAACUACAGUGCUGAGAGGGAAAUCCGCAACGUGGAGCUGCUGAAGCUGCGGUUUGGUGAAGCUCAGAUGCACUAUUGUGAAGUCAUGUUAAAAGAUAUGGCUGACUCGCGACGCAUUAAUGCCAACAUUCGUGAUGAGGAAGAGAAGCUCCCAGAGGAGGAGAGGCCACCAUUCAGCCUCGUUGCCGUUAUCCUGUCGAGUGAGUUCUGGCCACCGCUGAAAGAGGAGAAGCUAGAGCUUCCAGAGCAGGUCAAGGAAGCCAUGGAAGCCUAUUCCAAGAAGUAUGAGAAAUUAAAGGCCAUGAGGACCCUGAACUGGAAGUACCACCUGGGCCUGGUGAGCUUGGACGUGGAGCUGGCAGAUCGCACCCUCUCCCUGUCCGUCUCUCCUGUGCAUGCUGCCAUCAUCCUGCACUUCCAGACCAAGAGUACGUGGACGCUGACAGAGCUGAGUGAAGUGCUCAAGGUGCCCGUGACAUCGCUGAAGCGUAAGAUGACGCUGUGGCUGCAGCAGGGCGUCUUGCGUGAGGAGCCCCAAGGCACCUUCACCGUGAUUGAGGAGGAGCAGAAGGACCAGGUGGAGAAGGUCGUUCUGAUAGACAGCGACGAGGAGGGGGACUCUGCCAUGGCGUCGCAGGCUGACCAGAAAGAGGAAGAGCUGCAGCUCUUCUGGACGUACAUCCAGGCUAUGCUGACCAACCUCGAGAGCCUGUCCUUGGAGAGGAUUCACAGCAUGCUGAAGAUGUUUGUGAUGACAGGCCCAGUGGUUACAGAAAUCGAUAUACAAGAGCUGCAGGGUUUCCUCCAGAAAAAGGUCCGGGACCAGCAACUCAUCUACUCUGGAGGUGUCUAUCGCCUGCCCAAGAACUGCAACUAGACUGUGAGCGUCCCUGCUUUCCCCUCUGCGUCACGUCUCCAUGCCUGUGCUCAGCUCCUGAGUGCCGCCCAGCUCUCUGCAUCCUGCUGGGUAGUUUCUCUGCUCUGGGGGUUUGCUGUGCCCUCUUCCCCAAACGGAUGUCCUUUUCCACAUGGAGACAGCUCAGCAGCAGCCUGGGCCGUGCACCCCACAACCUCUGGGUCUGGGCCUGCUCCCCACAUUGCUUUUCCUCCCGUACGUGAGUGUCUGGGCUCACUUCACUCGUUAAUAAAAAACAGCG